GCGGCUGAAGGAUUUCCCUCCACGGGCGCUAAUCUGUUUUCCCUCCUUCCAGCUCCUAAUUCCCCCCAGAUCCGCAGGCUCAGGUCAGCACCGGGCUCAGCCGGGACGAGCACGGCAAUUAGUCUGCCCGCGCUGCUCUGUGCCGUGGAAAUCGAGUUAAUUAGGAGAGGGAAGGGCCAGAAAGACCUCAGUGCGUGUGUGGCGCCGAGCUGGAGCCGCUGGAAGGGCGCGGGGCUCCCGUCAGAAGGCCGGGAAGGGACAGCCACCCCCGGGCCGCUCUGUCCCGGUGCCACCCGCCCCGGACCGGCCCGCGGGCUGCAGCGAGCACGGGGAGCCGGGAGGAUGCUCCCAGGAGCCCUGCGGGUGCACGGGAAGCGCUUCUGGGGGUGACGGAGGAGAGCCAGGAGAGCUCCGAGCCCUCGGUGGGACAAAGCUGCCGCCGCUGAGAGCCCCCGGCGUGCCCGCAUGGCCGCGGACUUCUUCGCAGCCAUGCCGGCAACCAACCAGGGCUGGCCCGAGUCCUUCGGGUUCCGGAUAAGCGGCUCCGGCCCGUGCUACAUCCUGUGGGUGCAGGAGGGCAGCAGCGCGGCGCUGGCGGGGCUGCGCCCGGGGGACGAAGUGCUGGAGAUCGAGGGCCAGCCCGUGUCCUCGCUGGGCUGCCGGGCGCUGCUGGGGCUGGCCCGGCGCUGCUCCAACGUGCCCCCGAGCAUCGGCGUGGUGUCGCGGCUGCGGCACGCCAGCAUCCCCCCCGGGCCGCGGGGACGCUUCGGCUUCGAGCUGGCGAGCGAGAGCCCCCCGCGCGUGGCCAGCGUGAGCCCCGGCUCGCCCGCCGCGGCCUGCGGGCUGCAGCCGGGCGAUUUCCUGCUGCAGGUGGACGGGACGCCCGUGGCGCUGCCGGAGGAGGCGGCCGCGCUGGUGGGGUCGUGCCGCGGGCGGCCCCUGCGCCUGGCGCUGCUGCGGCCGCAGUGCGGGGACACUGCCGGGGACACCGCUGGGGACACUUCUGGGGACACUGCUGGGGACACCGCUGGGGACACUGCUGGGGACAUUGCCAGCGACAGCGCUGGGGACACCGCCGGGGACCCCGGGCCCAGCGCCGGCUCCGCGCACCGGGACAGGAGGCAGAAGGCGCAGGAGUUCAGCAGGAAGGUGGAUGCCAUCCUGGGGGAGCAGCGGCAGCUGAAGGAGGAGCUGUUCUCCGUGCUGAAGCAGUACGCGGCCGAGAGGAGGGUGGAGUGCCUGGCCCGUGCCCUGAGCUCGCUGCUCACCCAGGAGUCCCACCAGCCCCUCAUCGACAGCAUCAGGAUCUUCAUCCCCAAGAAGCACCGGCAGCGCUUCGACGAGGUGGUGUCGCAGAGCCUCAUCAGCAAGCUGUGCCGCUCCAAGAGCGAGCACGGCAGCCGCCUGCGCCGCAGCCGCAGCGAGGACCAGCAGGAGCGGCUGCUCGUGUCCACCCGCGCCAGCUCCGUGCCCCGCAGCCACGAGGAGCUCAGCAGGAGCCUGCGCAAGGCCACCUCGCUGGUCAGCAGCAAUGUGGCCUCGGGGGCUGCCCGCAGAACCGUGCGAGUUUAUAAAGGCAACAGGAGCUUUGGCUUCACGCUCCGCGGCCACGCCCCGGUGUGGAUCGAGUCUGUCCUGCCAGGGAGCCCGGCCGAGAAGGCUGCCCUCAAAGCUGGAGACAGGAUCCUGUUCCUCAACGGCCUGGACAUGAGGAACUGCUCCCACGACAAGGUGGUGUCGAUGCUGCAGGGCAGCGGGGCCAUGCCCACCUUGGUGGUGGAAGAGGGCAUCGUCAGCUUCUCCAGCGACUCUGACUCUGCCGAGUCCCCGAGCAGCUCCUCGGCCCUCACCUCCCUGCAGUGGGUGGCAGAGAUUCUCCCCUCUAGCAUCAAGAUCCAGGGAAGGACGUUCACCCAGCAGCUGGAGCACCUGCUGACCCCCCCCGAGCGUUUCGCCGUCUGCAAGGCGCUGGAGGGCUUCUUCCAACACCGCGCGGGCUGUCUUGCAGCCUGGCUGUCCCUGGCAGGGCAGAUCCUGCUCCACCUCUUGAACCAGAGGACCCUGACAGCCGACCUGAAGGACCUGCACAGCACGGUGAGUGACAUCCAGAAGGCGUGUCACAGCAUGCCAGCCACCGCCGAGGACAGGUUUGCCAUCGUCAUGAGCUCCUUCCUGGAGAGUGCCCAGCCCGCCAUGCGCUCCCUGGACGACCUGCAGCACAAGGCCAUGGAGGAGUUCAGCAAGGUGCUGUCCUUCUUCGGGGAGGACUCAAAAGUGACAACUUCUGAAGCCUUCUUCGGCAUUUUUGCAGAGUUCAUGAGCAAGUUCGAGCGGGCUCUCAGUGACGUGCAGGUGGGCGAGAGCCAGCGCAGCCCCAGGAUGACCUCUCCCCUCGCCUGGUGACAGCCUGCGGCCACCUGAGGUGCGACGGUUCCUUGCCAACAAAGUGCAAUUUGCUCCUGUCCAGUCUGGUUGUAAAUACGCUGCUGCCACCUGCUACCAGCCAGCAGAGGCACGGACAGAGGGGUCGGGGCAGUGGACGCUGAGAAGGCACGCAGGUGACAGAGGGUGACACGAAGAUAAACCCUGCGCUGGUCCUGACAGAGCUUCCUUGGCACCCUGCACUUCCAGGGGAUCCCAGAGCCCAGGGUUUGGCGUCCAUCUGGUAAAACCCCACUGUGCCACGUUUCCCAAACACCUGAACCUGGCCCCAGCGGCUGCUCGAGACCUUCCCCACUCCCCCAGAGCCCCUGCCCGAGCGUGGGGGCUCUGCCCAGGCAGCCUGGGCUGGGGGAGAGCCCGGCCACAUUGCCCCCGAGCAGCUCGGCAGGGAAGGGAGCCUGGGGGGAUGAGCAGGAGGGCGGCCACCUCCAGCUCCUCUGGGACCCUGAGGACGCUGCUGAGUCCUGUCCUGUCCCUCUCCAAGCCCUUCUGCCCUGGGGAGAGCAGGGGGGGCUGGAGCUGCACCUGCCCAGAGGGGAACAGUGGAGCAGAGAGCGCUGGAGGUGGCCCAGAAGCUUCAGUUCCUUCCCCUGGCAGCCAGUGGCAAUGGAAAGCAGCGGGACCUUGCAGAACCCUUCUGGCACAUCCCUGCGGUCCCGAGGACGGAUCCGGGCUGAUCCUUCCAGCUCACGGCUCCUUCCUGGCCCUCGGCUCUGCUUCAAGCUCUGCCAGAGGCUGACGGGCCUUGAAACCCGCCCAAGAGAGUAACAGGAUCAGCACGAGGGUGUUGGGGCUCGCCAGCAGACAGCCCUGGGCAUUUCGAUGCCUCCUUGGAAAGCACGGAGUGCCCAGAGCCCGUGAAGGAGCAGGAGUGCUCUGCAGCCCCAGGUGCUGCUCCCAGGCACGGCAGAGGCAGCGGGGGAGGCAUGGAGGGAUUUAGCAGCCCUGUGCCUGUGGCACUUGGGGACAGGGCUUGGGUCAGUGGUGGCUUUGGCAGAGCAGGGGAAGCAGCUGGACUGGACGACCUCAGAGGGCUUUCCCGACCUAAAUGAUUCCACAGUUCGGGGAGCCCCUUUGCUGUAGGAGCAGUUUUCAUGGGGAGUAUCCCAGGGAGCCCCAGAAGUGUCCAUGGCCAGCUCUCGAUGUGGACACCCACCUCCUGGUGUGCACACCCCCCUUUCCUAUGUGCACACCCACCUCCCAGUGUGCACACCCCCCUUUCCUGUGUGCAC